AAACCAACAGCAGCUUCUUCUGACAGACACACACUCACCCGACGCACACUCAGCACACUUUUCCUCUACCUGAUUAACAGUCUUGCACACACCAUGAUUACGGGAAAACGUAAAUAAAUACGGAAAGGGGUGAUUAUUUUGACUACUGGAAGAGCUUUGCUGGGUCUCAGAAUAACUUUUGUUUUUAUUACCGAGAAGGUGCUCUCUCCACGCGUCUCUCUCAGACACGGAUUCUUUAGCGGAGGGGAGAGAAAGGGAGAGCUCAGCCUUUCACUUUAAGACCCGCUAGGCUCGAGCGGGGGAAAAAAGGCCAGGAGGGCAGGGCGGCCCCCUGCAGCAGCUAGUCCGAGAGAGGCUCGGAGCCUUCUGAGCGUGGUCCCCUUUCUCCACCGAAGUUGGCUCCAGCGCUAGCAGCCGCAUUGGAUCCCACAGCCUAUUGCGAGACUCCGGUGUACAAUCCGGAUCUCUGCCCCAACAUGAUCGCGGCCCAGGCCAAGCUGGUCUACCACCUGAAUAAGUACUACAACGAGAAAUGCCAGGCCAGGAAAGCUGCCAUCGCCAAAACCAUCCGGGAAGUCUGCAAAGUGGUCUCCGACGUCCUGAAGGAGGUUGAAGUGCAGGAACCGCGCUUCAUCAGCUCCCUCAAUGAGAUGGACAACCGCUACGAGGGCCUGGAGGUUAUCUCUCCCACCGAGUUCGAGGUGGUACUCUAUCUGAACCAGAUGGGGGUGUUUAACUUCGUGGAUGACGGCUCCCUGCCUGGCUGUGCGGUGCUGAAACUGAGCGAUGGGCGCAAGAGGAGCAUGUCCCUCUGGGUGGAAUUCAUCACCGCCUCUGGCUACCUCUCUGCACGCAAAAUUCGUUCCAGGUUUCAGACACUGGUGGCUCAGGCGGUGGACAAGUGUAGCUACAGAGAUGUAGUAAAGAUGGUGGCUGACACGAGCGAAGUGAAACUGAGAAUCCGAGAUAGGUAUGUGGUGCAGAUCACCCCGGCCUUUAAAUGCACCGGGAUUUGGCCGCGAAGUGCUGCCCACUGGCCGCUUCCCCACAUCCCCUGGCCAGGACCCAACCGGGUGGCAGAGGUUAAGGCUGAAGGGUUCAAUUUGUUGUCCAAGGAGUGCCACUCCCUGGCCGGCAAGCAAAGUUCGGCUGAGAGCGAUGCUUGGGUGCUGCAGUUUGCAGAGGCUGAGAACAGACUGCAGAUGGGGGGCUGCAGGAAGAAAUGCCUCUCUAUCCUGAAAACCCUGCGCGAUCGCCACUUGGAGUUGCCAGGCCAGCCCCUGAACAACUAUCACAUGAAGACUCUGGUGUCCUACGAGUGUGAGAAGCAUCCCCGAGAGUCGGACUGGGACGAAUCUUGCCUGGGCGAUCGGCUGAACGGAAUUCUACUGCAGCUCAUCUCGUGCCUGCAGUGCCGGCGGUGUCCCCAUUACUUCUUACCGAACUUAGAUCUGUUUCAAGGCAAACCCCACUCGGCCUUGGAAAACGCUGCUAAACAAACGUGGCGACUGGCAAGAGAGAUCCUGACCAACCCCAAAAGUUUAGAAAAACUUUAGAGUAUGAUCUAAUCCAGGGCCAACAAGAAAGAGCAUUCUUCUCAAAGUCCCUACGAAAUGAAAACUUCCUGGUUGAUUCCUAUGUACUAUUUCUCGAGACAGUGCAAACAAUCUCUUCCUUUAAAAGGAGUAGCAACACAACAUUUAACCAUCAUCUCACACAGGGGAAAACCCACACCACAAGCAUCUUUAUGGAGGCAUCCCCCAGCUCCCCUGAAAGGUGCACAACACCCGAAAACAGCGGGCUGCAAUGCAAGACCAUGGCCAACUCCAGCAAAGGAUUAUAGUAAUAAUCUUGAGACUUAGGUGCAUCUACCUUCCAGUAAACAGGACCUGGAUGUACCAUCAGAAGGGAAGUGUAAUGUAUAUUUUGAUCUGUAACAAAAGUUGUGAUCUCAUGUUGUCUUUGAAAGUGUGGAUAUUGGUGUUUUGUGAUUUGGUGAUCAGAACUGAAAUUGCCAUUUUGGAAAUUUGCAGACAUUUCCCACAGAACAGAGAUGCAUUUAAAGUUAGAUUUCCUCCUGGUACUUUACCUGUCUGUGAAGUGUCUGAACUUAAAACAAAAGUUUACAUUUUGUUUCAAAUAUAUUGCUUGUUCUAUCAUUCCGUAAGUAUACUUGAAAUGUUAUUUAAAUAUAUUCAAAAAUUUGAAUUCAGCUUAUAUAAUAACGCUUGAAUAUCUGAAUUAUAUAUAUAUUUGAAAAUGCACUUGAAAAUACACUGGAUAAUUACUUUUGUGAUUAGAAUUUAAUUUCUGUUGCUGAUUUUUAUUUAAUUAGAAGAUAAUAAAUGAAGUAAAAUACCAAAUUGCUGUUUCUCUUUAAAGUUUGUUUGUUGUUGUUGUUGUUAAAUGAGGUGAUGAUUCCAUUUAAAAGUCAACUUGAGAAUUUUAAACAUUUUGAGAAACAGGUUAAUAAAAUCACUAAAAUUAAAUAUUAAAAGGGCUCUUUUUAGAAGAGCUAUAGAAAAUAUCCACUUCCCCAGUUUCUAAUUUACUCGAUGGUUCUUUUCUACAACAAAUAUAUUUAUAGCCUACUUCUGAGACUUUGAUUCUGGUUAGUAUUUCUGUAGCCUUUUGACAAUAUAAGGGAAAAAAUUACCACGGCAAUAGAGAAGACUGAGUUUAAAAGCAGCAAAAUCUGAGAAAAUUAACUUAAACCAUAAUGCAAAACUUUAAAGUUUUUAUAUGAAAUAUAAGCAAUAAAAUGGAGGCAUAUCUUAA